AUGACCGAGAUCGUGACGAGUCAAACACCCCCCAUCCUGCAUGGUCCCUCCGACAAGGAGAAGAAAUAUGACCGGCAGCUCCGUUUGUGGGCGGCAAGUGGCCAGGCUGCUCUCGAGUCUGCUCACAUCCUACUGCUCAAUACCGGCGCAGGCACAGUUGGUAUCGAGACUUUGAAGAACCUCGUGCUUCCAGGCAUUGGCCGUUACACUAUACUGGAUGAAAAGGUCGUUGACGAGUCGGAUCUUGGCGUCAACUUCUUCGUAGAUGAAGACUCUCUGGGGAAGCCACGGGCACAAUGCUGCGCCGAACUCUUGCAGGAGCUGAACCCAGAGGUUCAGAGCGACUGGUUUCCUAAGCAGAAGGAAAGUGUUGAUGUCAAGCAACUCCUUGCCAGCUCAUCCACGUACACUCUCAUCAUGUACACAAUGCCUAUCAAGCAAGAGGACAUGGCUGCCAUCGAAGAAUAUGGCCGACAACACAGCACCCCGCUCAUUGCCAUCCAUAGCGCUGGUUUCUAUUCGUAUUUCAGGAUCAGCCUACCUGGUGCCUUCCCCAUCGUCGACACACACCCCGACAUAGAGAAGACCGUGGACCUCCGUCUCACUCAACCGUGGCCUGAGCUCGUCGACUUCGCAAAGGAGAUGACACAAGAAAUUGACAAGUUGGAUGAUCACGACCAUGGUCAUCUGCCCUACGUUGUCAUUCUGCUCCACUACCUUGAGGAGUGGAAAGCCACACACAACGGAGAAUAUCCUACAGAGUACAAGGCAAAGAUUGAAUUCCGCAAAAUGGUGGCUGCCGCUGCCAGAACAAACAACCCAGAGGGUGGCGAGGAGAAUUUCGCAGAGGCUGUUGCAGCAGUGAAUCGAAACAUCAAGAAGCCCCAACUCGAGUCUACCCUGCGAGAAGUUUUCGAGCACCAACUGACAAGCGAGGCCGAAUUACACUCGUCAUUCUGGGUAAUUGCAAGUGCCGUCAAGAAGUUCUAUGAAAAGCAUGGGUAUUUGCCACUCCCUGGCAGUCUGCCGGAUAUGAAGGCUCAAUCCAAGGUGUACGUCAAACUGCAGGGUAUCUACAAGACGAAGGCACGCAAGGACGCGCAAGAGGUGCUGGAGAUCGCCAAGUCUCUCCACGGUGGCAAGGACGUCGAUCCAGUGGAAGUCGAAAUGUUCUGCAAGAAUGCAUCCUUUGUGAAGCUAGUGAAUGCAACGACAAAGGGGCGACAGCUGAUGAGUAUUUACGAGUCGGAGAUGGAGAACGACAAGCUGGCCGAGGAUAUGAUGAUGCCUCUCUCGUCAUUGCCCAUCUACCUCGCGCUGUCGGCAACAAGUCACAACCCUACUGCUUCUGCUGACGAAAUCCUGGCCGAUGUCUACGGCAAGAUCCCAAGUGCAGCCGACAAUAUGCGCGUUAAGCAAGCAGCUCAAGAAGUGGCUCGUGCUGCCGGCGGCGAACUUCACGACCUAUCCGCUGUCGUGGGCGGCAUGGUUGCACAGGAGGCAAUCAAGAUCAUCACAAAGCAAUACAUUCCCAUUGAUAACACAUGCAUAUUCGACGGCAUCAGCAGCCGGUGCCAGGUCCUUCGCUUAUAG